UCAUACCUUUUAUCAUAAUCACCACCGCUAACCACCAUGUCCACCGUUCCAGUAGUUUUAAUCUUGUUGAUGCUCAUGAAUUCCAUUCCAAUCCCUUCAUUCUCUUGUCCUCUUCAUCAGAAACAAGCACUUCUCCACUUCAAAUCCAACUUCACCACCAUCUUCAAUUUCUCUACUUCCGACAAUCCAAUCCAAUCAUGGAGUCCCAAUUCCGAUUGUUGCUCCUGGGCCGGUGUUAGUUGCAGCGAAUCCAAAACUGUCACCGAACUCUACCUCUUCAGCAUCAGGGAUUUGUUGGACGAUUCGACUACGGUGUUCUUUGACAUCUUCACUCCGAUUUUCCAAAUCCGGUCAUUGGAACAACUUUAUAUCUCCGGUAUUAACUUCGUAGGCGACAUCCCUGGAGAUGGGUUUGGAAAUCUCACUCAACUGCUUCACCUUGACAUGUCGUCCAACAUGUUUAGUGGCUCUAUUCCCGGCCAAAUUUUUGGGUUAACGAAAUUACGUCACCUGGACAUAGGCAAUAACCAUUUUCAGGGAAAGUUAGGGUCUUUUUGGAAUUUGACUUGUCUUCAAGUUCUUGAUCUGGGUAACAACAUGUUUGAUGGGGUUUUAAGCCUUGAAGUGGGGAAGCUUCAAUAUCUUGAAAGGUUGGAUCUGAGGAUGAAUUCUCUUUCGGGAAACAUCCCAGAAGAGAUUGGAAAACUCACGAAGUUAAGAGAGUUUAACCUUGCAGAUAAUCACUUCUCAGGUGGAAUCCCUUCUUCAAUUACCAACAUGAUGGCCUUGGAAGUAGUUGAUUUCUCUCAUAACUCAUUCUCCAACCAAAUUCCGGCCAACAUAGGAAGCCUAGCAAACAUUAGGACACUUGACCUCAGCAACAACCAGUUAACCGGUCCGAUACCGUUAUCUAUACGAAACUUGAGCAAGUUACAAGUCCUUUGGCUCCAGAAAAACAAGCUAACCGGAGAUAUCCCAACUUGGAUAUUCAACUUCAGUACUGUGUUAGAGAGUUUGUUCCUCGGUGGAGGAGAAGGAAACAAGUUGAUCUGGAAUAACAAAGCAAAGAUUGUUCCAACAACUAACUUGAUGGAUAUCUCUAUGCCUUCCUGUGGAAUUUCCGGCCAAAUUCCUGAAUGGAUUUCAUCGCAAACAUCUUUGCGUGUUCUUGAUAUGAGCGGGAAUGAAUUAGAGGGAGGAUUCCCAAAUUGGCUUGCAGAGAUGGACCUUGAAACCAUAAUUCUCUUCGACAACAAACUCACUGGAUCAAUCCCGCCUCGCCUAUUUGAAUCUUGGUUAAUGGUUCUUCACUUGUCCCAGAACAAUUUUUCUGGGGAGUUACCAGAUAACAUCGGCAACGCUACAAUGAUGAUGGUUCUUAUGUUGUCAGAAAAUCAUUUUUCAGGACAAAUUCCAGUAUCCAUAUCCAACUUGCACAGCCUACAGCUUCUGGACUUGAGCAGAAACAAAUUUUCAGGAAACUAUAUCCCUGUUUUUAGCGAUAAUCCUGAUUUAUUUUACUUAGACUUGUCGUACAACGAGUUCUCUGGUAAGAUCCCAACGACUAUUUCUUCCAAAACCCAACUUCUUUAUCUGGGUGGGAAUAAGUUUUCUGGCAACUUGCCUUGGAAUUUUACAAAAUUGGUCAACCUUCGACACCUCGAUCUUCAUGACAAUGAUAUUACAGGAUCUUUCCAAGAUGUUCUUACUGAAAGCCCACAUCUUGAAGUUCUAGUCUUGAGAAACAAUUCCUUUGAAGGAUUUAUCCCACCAACAAUCUCCAAAUUCGCUAAUCUCCGAAUUCUUGAUCUCUCCGGGAACAAGCUAACAGGUAGUAUUCCACUCGAAAUAGCAAACCUCACAAGAAUGAUCGAAACACCACUACACAUGUCAACAUCCGGUCACUUUUCUUUUAAAACCUCAAAUUUUUCCGAUUGGGAAUUUAAGCAAACCCAGAUUGAGAUUGAGGACUUGAUAGUGAAUUGGAAGAACUAUUUUCAAGGCUUAUCGAGUCGUAGCCUUGACAUAUACUCUUUGUUGGACUUGUCCAACAAUAGAAUCUCUGGUGAAAUUCCGGCAUCGUUAGGCAAUCUCAAAAGUCUAAAAGUUCUCAACAUUUCACACAACAUCAUCUCCGGGCACAUUCCGGUGUCUUUUGGCAAUCUUAAGGGAAUAGAGAGCUUGGAUCUGUCGCGUAACAAAAUCUCAGGUACGAUUCCUAUAUCACUAGCAAAGCUGGGUGAACUGACAAAUCUGGAUGUGAGCAACAACAAGUUGWYCGGUAAGAUACCUYUAGGCGGGCAAAUGGACACVAUGAAUGARUUGMAGUAUUUUGCCAACAAUAGCGGAUUAUGCGGAAUGCAGAUUAUGAUCAAAUGUCCGGAGGAUAUCCCACCAUCAGAAGGAAGAGAGGAGGCCGAAGAGGACGACAAACUGUCACGGAUUUUUUGGGAGGGAACUUGGAUCGGUUUUCCGAUUGGGUUCUUCUCAUCAAUCUUGAUCAUGGGCUACUUACUGAAUUUUCUUGGGCUCUUCAAAUUCUGGUGAACAUUUGUAGGAGUGGUCCAUUCAUUGCUCAAUGCUUUCUCAUACUAUCUUGUAAUUGAGCCUAAAGUUUAAGAUCUGUUGCG